AUGCGAGCCGCCCCGAGCCUCCGCGGCUGCGUCUGCCUGCUGCUCGCCGCGAUCCUGGACCGGGCGCGCGGCUACUUGACUGUCAACAUUGAGCCUCUCCCGCCCGUGGUGGCUGGUGAUGCCGUGACCUUGAAGUGUAACUUCAAGACCGAUGGCCGCAUGCGUGAGAUCGUGUGGUACCGGGUGACGGAUGGCGGCACCAUCAAGCAGAAGAUCUUCACCUUCGACGCCAUGUUCUCCACCAACUUCUCACACAUGGAGAGCUACCGCCGGCGCGAGGACUUGGUGUACCAGUCCACGGUCAGGCUGCCCGAGGUCCGCGUCUCCGACAACGGCCCCUAUGAGUGCCACGUAGGCAUCUACGACCGCGCCACGAGGGAGAAGGUGGUCCUGGCUUCGGGCAACAUCUUCCUGAACGUCAUGGCUCCGCCCACCUCCAUCGAGGUGGUGGCCGCUGACACCCCGGCCCCCUUCAGCCGUUACCAAGCCCAGAACUUCACGCUGGUCUGCAUCGUGUCGGGAGGGAAACCGGCGCCCACGGUUUAUUUCAAGCGAGACGGGGAACCCAUCGACGCAGUGCCCCUGUCGGAGCCGCUAGCAGCCAGCUCUGGUCCUCUCCAGGACAGCAGGCCCUUCCGCAGCCUCCUGCACCGUGACCUGGAUGACACCAAGAUGCAGAGGUCACUGUCCCUGCUGGACGCUGAGACCCGGGGCGGGCGUCCCUCCACAGAGCGCCCCUCCCGCAGCCUGACCCCGGACCCCAGCAGCGUCAUCCAGCCGACCACCGAGAGCAUCCCUGAGACGGUGGUGAGCCGCGAGUUCCCCCGCUGGGUGCACAGCUCGGAGCCCGUCUACUUCCUGCGGCACAGCCACACCCCAGGCAGCGACGGCACGGUGGAGGUGCGCGCCCUGCUCACCUGGACGCUCAACCCACAGAUCGACAAUGAGGCCCUCUUCAGCUGCGAGGUCAAGCACCCAGCGCUGUCGAUGCCCAUGCAGGCCGAGGUCACGCUGGUUGCCCCUAAAGGACCCAAAAUCAUGAUGACGCCCAGCAGAGCCCGGGUCGGGGACACCGUGAGGAUCCUGGUCCACGGCUUUCAGAACGAGGUCUUCCCGGAGCCCAUGUUCACGUGGACGCGGGUGGGGAGCCGCCUGCUGGACGGCAGCGCCGAGUUUGACGGGAAGGAGCUGGUGCUGGAACGCGUGCCCGCCGAGCUCAACGGCUCCAUGUACCGGUGCAUGGCCCAGAACCCGCUGGGCUCCACCGACACGCACACUCGGCUCAUCGUGUUUGAAAACCCGAAUAUCCCAAGAGGAACAGAAGAUUCCAAUGGUUCCGCAUCUGGCCCCGCUGGUGUCCGGCUCACCUUGGUGCUCGCCCUGACAGUGGUCCUGGAGCUGACGUGA